AUGGCGGACGAAGAGAGAGUUUUUCGAAUGUUCGUGAUCGAUGCUUUUACAAGUAAGCCUUUUUGUGGAAAUCCAGCCGCAGUUUGCCUCGUGGGAUCAAAAGUGAGUUAUCUUUAGUCAUGUUCAGAGUUCAAUUAGUAAGCCAGGUAGGCUUGUUUAAAACUGGAAGCUUAAACUUACGGCGUUGUGGCGCGGCGUGAAAGGUUCAUGAGUUUCAAAUUGGAUGCGAAAGAAAAUUGUGAGUUUCAUAAUUAAUAGGUUGUGCGUAAAUUUCUCUUUUGCAUAUACUUUUACCUACUAGUAAAUUAGUCAUGCACAUGAUCCUCAAUGUACUAUUUUAAUAGAUCUUAAUGAUUCCCUUGUGCAGCAACUAGAUGAUGAAAUAUUACAAAAGAUUGCCAAAGAAAUGAACUUGUCCGAAACGGCCUUCGUCCUGGAGAAAAAUGACCAAGAUACAUACGACAAAGGUCAGAACAUUGCUGCAAGUGUGUUUAUUUAACCCAUUAAUCUCUGAGAUCAAGAUACAAAGUCUCCAUGUGCAUGUUGUUCUUUUGUUUCAACUAGUCUUCAACUAGAGGCAUAUAGUCGAAAUGGCUGUCAGGGACAAGCCCAGAGAUGUCAUCGUCUAAUAAUCUAAAAUCUAGAGCCUCUCUCUGUUGCAUUCCUCCCUUCCCUUGUGGAAGAUUUGAAUGACCAAAGCCCCCACCCAUUACAUACAUUUAGUUGGCGGAGCAGGGGGAGCUGUAGGCCCCUCACGUUUUGGUGCCAAAAAACACUUUUACAGGUGUACUUGACAUUACCUGUGACACCGGUGACUUCAGAGUGCACAUUUUCUGCCCCUAGACAACUCAAGAACUACCUCAGAAGCACCAAGAAGCAGGACUGCCUAAACAACCUUUAACAACUGCCUAUGGAUGCAUCGUCAUUGUGAAGAUUGGAAAGAGAAUUGCUUGUGCCAACUAAAAAUGCCAUGGGUAUUUCGGGGCAUGCGCAUAGCUGAGUGGAAGAUGAGGCCCUCCAUGUUUCAAAAUGCUCUGCCACCUCUGCAAUAAACACACAAAUUGACCGAUUCCACAAAAUUAUAGUAUGGGUGUGACUUAUAAUAUUGUAUGAAGUCUUGCAUGAACUACAUACCAUAAAAAUUCAUUUUGGAGACAUUACCUUUAUCACUGAUGAAUCAAGUGCAAAAAAUGUCCUAGAAACUGACUUUGAAUCACCGAAUUUUUGAAUUUUGGGGGGAAAUAAAUGGGCUGAAUUCCAAACUAAAGUACAGAAAAGCUCAAAUGUCAAUGUUAACCAGGAGAUUUGGUGACACAUAUGAGAGACCAGGAGAUUUGUGCUUUAUCUAGGAGACUCCCUGAUAAUCCAGGAGAUUUGGCAUCGUGUAAACUUCAGGUAACACAUAAUUUUGGCAAUUGAAUACAUAUAAUGAUUGGUACAAUUUUUGUUCAGGUUCUUGUUUUGGUCUGCGCUGGUUCACUCCAACAUGUGAAGUUCCACUGUGUGGACAUGCAACGCUGGCAUCAGCUGCAGUUUUGUUCAAUGUUUUGGGUGAGUAUAUGGUAAAUUAAAUACAGUGAGACUUUCUUUAUUAUCAUUUUUACUUCAACAGGUAUCACAGGUGCACUGCCCUGAAAAAAGCACAAUCUCCCCUAAAAUAAAUGCAAUUAACACGAGGCCCCAGUUGCUCAAAUGUUGGAUGUUGCUAUCCACUGCAUAAAUCACUAUCUAGCAGAAGUAUUAGGGAAACCUAUAACACUACAUAUAUUCAAUGGAUAGAGAUUUAUCCAGUGAAUAGGAUAGCAUUAUCCUCUUUCGAAAAACUCAGCCCAGGUCAUGUUCUUGUAAAUAAAGCUACCAUUUCCUUAGCCACCGAUUAAAAUGUUACUUUCUCAGUCUUUUCCAGCUUUUUUUUUUGCAUUUGCAGAGUAUCCUUACCUCUUUUUAGCAAUUUGUCAACACUUGCAAACAAUGUGACUAUUAAUUUCUUUACAAUGGGAGAAAUGCUGUUUCCAUUUCAUGUUUUUCAUUUAGGUAACACCAAUACAGAAAUAACAUUUCAAACUUUGAGUGGAAAUUUAAUGGCCAGAAAACAAGGUAAGUCUGAAAGGUAAAUGCACCAAACAUUACGACAUGAUCACUUAAGCGGAUGUGAUAUUCUUUUUUGUUUUCUUUCUAGGUUCAUCGAUAUGCAUGGAUCUUCCAUUAAAUCCUUCAGAACCGCUUUCUGAGGUAAACUGAUAUAACUCAAAUUUGGAUCUCCAUAUCUUAUUGUUUUUAAUUUAUUUAUUUCACGUGAACUGAAAAAAAUGUUAAAUAGCAAAAAGGGAGUACAUCGUCUUGUAGUAGACUACGAGUAGUCCCCCAUUUGUCCUCAGGGAUAGUAGAGCGAGCGAAACCCGAGCGCACGUGAAAAUCACCCAAUGCGAGACAAAGCGACAUGCCUCGCGUCUCGCCUUUCUGGCGUGGGGUGAUUUUCAUGCGCGCUCGCGUUUCGCUCGCUCUACUAUCCAUGAGGAAAAAUGGGGGGCCUACUCUAGUCUAUCUUGUAGAAACACAAAUCUGCGUGUGUCGAACAAAUUCAUAGUGAUACAGUUUCGGAUAAAUCCAGUUCGUUUCUGUUUUGCCACUUUCAAGCAAUGUUGUCAAAAGGCUGCGCAAUUUACUUUGCUCGUUAUACGUGAUCAGUAUCAUAAUUGCUUCUUUCUUGGGCGUGACAGGUACGGCACUUAUUGUUAGGAGCGCUUACAUUGUAGUUUUUAGUUUUAGGAGGAGUGCAUAUCGGAAGCUGGGUUCACUUAUUAUACUUAAUAAUUACAAUAAGUAAGUCAAUAACAAGCUGCCGAGUCACUUAAACAGAUACCUUUCUUGUUCUUUUAAACUGGGGUGUUAAGGAGCCUUCUUGCGCACGUGUCUUGUUCUCUACGCUCUACGCUCUACUCAAGAUUGCAUUUGCUCGCCUGGAAAACGCGGAAGAAUAAUGCUUCCUCUGCACGCUUGGUUUGCGGAGAUGAACGUACCUCCAAUACCGUAACGCCGUAAAUUCCGGGGAGAUUACUUUAAGCUGCUUUAAGGGUGGGAAAGAAAUCAAGAAGAAAGAACGGUCUGCAUGGGAGACUUCCAUAAGACCGGUUGCCGCAAACUCUAUUUCAUGUCACUCAAGUGAUGCUAUGCUCCUUGGGCUGCCUGUGCAGACUAGAAUAAUCUGCUAAAGCGCUUAUGGCGGCGAGACAUUGUAAACUCAAACACCUCUCAAACAUCUGAAACGUGGUCAUCUACCCAAACAUUUCUAGAAUAUGACGAAACGUGUGCUUAUCGAUGCGUACUACCGGUAGUAAUCAAGGGUAUACCGUUUCUGUUUUCUUUUUCAACAGGAAGACCAAACCAUCUCAAGAUUGAUUAGAACAGGUAUUCCUCAUCAGUCGUAAAUUGGACAUUUUAUGGCCGAGCUUCACACUGGGUUGUUGUUGUGUCAAACUGUGGGAAUGUUUUGGGGAUACUAUUUCUUCAUUUAUUAGCUGUUACAAGCUUUUGCGGGAAACUGGGACAGAAUUCGUCCCCCUAAAACAGUUCCACGACACUGAACCGGUGUUAACCUCCUGUUAACCCAGAUAUUAAGCAAAUCUUUUAUCUAUGGCAUGGACUUUUAAUCAUGUUGUACAAGGUAGUUUUAACUUUUGAGUCUAUGGAUGAAGACCUAAAAUGUGACCGUGCAACUAAAAGAUACCGAGGUUCCUUUCGCUGUACAAGGUUGUUUCAAUCUUUUAUUGCGACCGUUAAACUAAAAUAGUUGGAGUUCCACUGUCCUGUCAGCUGUUUACCAUACCGCACUUAUAUUCUGUUGAGGAAGUCAAGAAGUCGGGGUCAACUGUACGCAACACCAAGAAGCUACAAGAAGUCGUUACUUGUAUUCACGUGAAAACAACUAAGCAAAAUUUACACUAUGCAGUUUUCUAUAGUUUGUUCUGCUCUUAACUUCUACCCACUUUUAUAACGCUAUAUAUCUUUUCAUUUUUCUCCUUUUUAUAUUUAGUUGUAGGGGAACUUGCGGUAAAGGAAGUGGAAUACUCCAAAACAACCAAGAAACUCCUGCUAUGUUUGCAAACUUCCGUGACAAGGUCAGGCUGAAGCAGCAACAAGUAUUAUUCAUCAUUAAGAAUUUCCAUUAGCAAUUUAACCGUGUUGGUGGUCGCUUCAACGGUCUGGACGCCGUGACGUCUUGUGUAAACGAUCUAUAAUCUCAAUCAUUUUACCGCAGCUACCUUUCCUCAGGUCCUGUCGAGUUUCUUCUAUCUCCCUCAUCGCUAUUAAACGAUCUGUUAGCCUGCGUAGCAAGCGUUUCAUCGUGAGGUUUGUCUAGAAAGCUGGGACAAGAGCAAAAAAAAAAAAAAAUGACGAGGGAGGGGGAAGGGAAAGAAGGAUUCAACCUUUUUUUUUUGCUUCCGCUCUAACUUUCGCGCAAUAACUCGAUUGGAAACGCUUGCUACGCAGGCUAACGAUCCGUUUGUUGAGAGGGACCUUUCUAAUGCUCUAACACACAUGUGACAUUUGUGUGUUGGCUGCUAAUUUCUUUUUUGUGCCCACAAAGAGAUAGGAAAAACUCUUCGAAGUUGAUUCGUCAAGUUUGUGUUGGAUACGCCUUAUCAUCAACAUCUCUCUUUCAGACCUGGUUUAUACCCGUAUUAACCUGUCAACCUGUAUUAACCCUUUAAGCCCCAAUAUCUACAUACAAAUUCUCCAGACUGAUUUCCAUACAUCUACUUAAGAAUUAGUUGAGAGAAUUUGAUAAAAGAUCAAAGCAUUUUCCCUGAGGUGAUCAUUCAGUUGGUCUUUUCGCAAGGAUGACCGCUUCAGACAGCUUUGACUGUAUUUGGCAAGCGGAAUUCAGUGUGCAGGCAAAAGAAGCGUGGUUAAAAGCUGUUUCACAUGAUCUCCUUUAUCGUUAAUAUUUGGUUGACGUUAAGACUGUACUUUUAAUCAGGCAGGACUUAGAAAAGCUCUCUCCAGACUUCCAGGCAAUGAUGUCAGCUCACUCGGCUGGGCUUGUCCGUGGUGUAAUUGUAACUCUUCAAGGGAAUGAGUCAAACGGCUGCGUCGACAAUAAUGGAGCAGUGUACGACUUUGUUUCACGAUACUUUGCGCCUUGGGUUGGUAUCCCUGAGGAUCCAGUAACAGGUUAGUGAACUAGAGUUACAGGCCGCUCACGCUAUUUUUUUUAGCCCAUUUUGUUUUUGUAUUGUAAUUAGGAAAGCAACUUUGUCUAGAACAUGUCAAAUGCCUCCUCCCGGUGAGAUGUAAGUCCACAGACGUAUCUUUUGACAGAUCGUGUAGUUCCUUUUUAAGACCCAUUAGUAGAGAGGCCUUACUCCUCUCUGUGAAAAUUAGCUUGGGACAAAGUUUCAUGUCCAAAGAAAACAAAGCCCAAGGAUCAAAUUGCUGCCGUUCACGGUAGCACUUUUCCAAAGCAGGAUUUAUUUAGCGUGGGCAGAUGGGCUCCUGGCGUGGGAUAAUGGUGGAUUUAACCUACCAUAAACUGCCGCUUAUAAACACAAGCCCGAGGGUUGUCCAACACAGUCAACUGAUGGACUCCAUCGGCCGACUUUCCAGCCCUCCCUCAUCUUGCUUGCUUGCUUGCUUGCUUAUUUCGAGCGAACUCGAACUCCAUUAACUAGCUUCAUCCAUUCCUUCCGGUUUUCCAUGAUGUUCUUCAGUUCAGCUAUGCUCAAACCAGUAUCAUUUUGCAGCUGGUCUACGUAUGUUAAUGCUGGUCUUCCUCUCUUUCUUGCGCCGUGCUUUGGUUCCCAGAGUAGUAAAUCACUUAUCACCUCAUCCUUUUUUCUCCAACAGUGUCCUAUAAACCGCAGCCUCCUGAUCAUCAGUGUAUCUGUAAUCUUAGGAAGAUUGCCGUACAGUUCUUUGUUGGUUUUAUGCUCCUUCCAGGAAACUCCAAGAACUGCUCUGAGCAUUCUUGUGUACGUACCAUCUAGUCUAUUCAUCAUCUUUCCAGUCAUCGUCCAGCAUUCAGCACCAUAAAGCAGUACACUUUCAACUGUGGCCCGAAAGAAACCUAUUUUGAGAUGAUUUUUUAGGUUUGAUUUCCACACUUUCAUCAUUUUGUUGAGUGCACUCCAAGCGUGUCCAAUUCUUAUAUUCAUGUCCUUUUCACCGGAUUGUAUCCACGAACCAAGGUAUUUGAAGUUAUCUACUUGCUUCAAUUUGUUCCCUGCCAGUGUGACAAGAUCACCUACAGGUUGAUUGUACAGCAUGUAUUCCGUUUUCUUGUAGUUAACAUGCAGACCCACUGUUUUCGCAGCAACCUCCAGUCUUAAUAAGAGAAGUUGUGCCUCUUCAAGAUAGUCAGAAAUUAGGGCAAGAUCAUCCGCGAAAUCAGUGUCGGUGAUGUAUGUUGCUACAUGACGGGAGCUCUGCCGUGGUGUAAGAGUGAACCCAGUGUGUGUUUCUCUAGUAGCUUCUCUAAGGGCAUAAUCCAAGGCUAUGAUAAAUAGGAAAGGUGCGAGUGUGUCUCCUUGCAGAACUCCCGCAAGAAUUUCAAAGAAUUCCGUAUCACCAUCAGGAGUUAUCACCUGUGCUUCGGUGUCCUUGUAGAGUAUGCUGAUGGCAUCCACUAUCUUUGUUGGAAUUCCAUAUGCCUUCAAGAUCUCCAUCAAUUUCCCACGAUGUAUCGAAUCAAAGGCUUUACUGAAGUCUACGAAAGUCAAUAUUGCAGGAAGCUGUUUUUCUUUUAUUCCCUCUAUGAGCCUACGCAGAGUUAAAAUUUGCGGUAGUGUAGAUCUACCCGUACGAAAUCCAUUUUGGUUCACCCUGAGCAGAGGAUCCAGAUGAGGUCUUAUUCGAUCUAAUAGAAUCUUGUUAUAGAUUUUCGCAGCUGUGACAGUUAGGGAUAUACCACGAUAGUUUCCUGUGUCACCCAAGUCACCUUUCUUUGGUAGGGGUAUUAUUCCACUUUUAACCCAUAUAUUCGGUCGAUCACCAUUGAAUGUUUUGUUGCAGAUGUCAAGCAAUUGUUGAUUUAAGGCACCAGUUUUCCAGACUUCAAUUGGUAUGUUGUCGAGACCAUGUGCUUUGUUAUUUUUGAAACCUUUGAUACUUUUAACCAGUUCUUCCAUGGUUAUGUUAUCCGUGUUGAUGGGAAGAGGUUCAUGUAUUAUGGAAGCAGUUGGUUUUAUUGUGACACUGGGUGGUUGACCUAGCAGGUUUGAGAAGUGUAACUUCCAUUUACUGACACGGUCUUCAGGACUUUUGGCUUUUAUUCGACCCCUGUUUGUGCCCUUUCUUCUUGUGAACUCGUUUACCGUUUCCCAUGCAAGACCGGAUUUUUGGUGUUGUAUAGCGUCAGUAAUUGCAUGAAUCUUUUCAUUCACAUACUUCUCUUGUUCUCGAUCGUAAGAUUCCUGUAGCUCUUGCUUGGCCUCCUCCAGUUUUACAGCACUGCUUCUGGUAUUUCUUCUCAAGGAUACCUCAUAAGCAUUCUUCACCAUUUCCCUUUUUUCUAUGAUGUUUUCAUUUUCCCACGGAACGUGUUGCUUUAUCUUGGCCUUCACAGGUACACUGAUUUCUGCAGCUUUUUCAUGGGCUGUCAUGAUAUUCUCAUACAUCUGGUUUGCAUCCUCAUUACCAUGUAAGUCCUGUAGAGUUUGGUAUCGGUUGCAGACUUCAACAGUAUACAUGUCUUUGAUGAUGUUAUCAUUGAGAAGCUUGUUCCAAUCGUAUCUGAUCUUUUUCUUACCAGAUGGUUUACUUUGCCGCAGGCUUAGUCUUAUUUUAGCUGUGACAAUACGGUGAUCAGAUCCCACAGAACAGAAGGUGUUAUAAGCUUCACAGUUUAAAGCACUAUUUUUCCAUUUGUUGUUUAUUAGGAUAUAGUCUAUUUGACAUUUGGCUCCAGAAGGUGAUGUAUGAGUCCAAAGCUUACCUUCGCGCUUUUUAAAACUGGUGUUCAGCGGUUUGAGAUUGCAUUCUAACAUGUAGUUUAGGAGCAAUUGCCCAUUCUCGUUGGUGUGUAAAUGACGUGAAAUGAGAGGAGUUUGAUUUAUCAUGUCGUUUUAAUGCUUAAUUGAAAACCAGUUAAUGCAAGAGGUAUUUUGAACAGCACUGCUAAGUCUUGUUUCCAAGCGCUUCUUCUAUUCCGGUUAUAUCCCUGGGAUAUAAACCCCUCCGUUUAUAAACCCCUUACGAAGAUUCAAAGCCCAGGGCUUUUCAGCUGCAGUUUACGUUAAUUUAGCAUUCAUAGAUGGCUUUUAGCUUAAAUUUUAACUGCUGUCAUACUUGGGCAUUAAUAUGUAUAGGUAAUAGCAUGAUUUGUAGUGAUAUUUGGCAUAAAUACCACGAGUGAUGUUUCGAAAUUGUUAUACGUAAUUUCACGAGCCGUUAGGCGAGUGAAAUUUGAGACAAUUUUGAAAUAUCACGAGUGGUAUUUAUGCCAAAUACCACGUACAAAUCAUACUGUUAUUUGUUUAUACUACUGUAGGUAUUUCAAAUUAAGCUGAAAUACCACUGCUCUAAGCCAAUCAGAUUGCAGAAAUUUCUCAUGUAGUAGUAUAAGGGAAUUAACGUGCGAUAAUAUUUCUGUAUUUUAUUUAGGGUCUGCGCACACGGUCCUUGCUAGUUAUUGGUCGUCUAGGCUACAAAAGAAUGAUUUAUAUGGUAAGUUAGGCGCCCAUUACAGGGACCCUAGCCUUUCUUAAAUUCAGUAUCCAGAUCCCCCAUAACUAUACCCAACACGACAAAAAGGGGAACCUACAGAAACUGUGAGUCAGGUCUGAUGAAUAUGAAGUAUAUGAAGUCUCGUACAAGUUGUGAAAAGUGUUUUUCCACUCUUGUCAUGUCGACAGUAUUGGUCGUGACUGAAGUUUCAUUGAAGCACUGAGGUUGACUGGAGAAACAUUAAGCUUCUUAUAAUAAUCCACCUAGGAGGAGAUCUGGAAAUCCAAUAAUUUCUGAAACAGCGGCCUAAGUUAGACUUCUUUUAAAUAAUCGACCCAUACUGUUUAUUUUAUUUUAUUUUUUCCGUUACAGCUCGGCAGUGUUCUCCGCGUGGAGGGAAACUUACUAUUCAGGUGCGCGAAGACGACAGGGUCGACAUCGCAGGACAAACGGUGCUUGUUUUACAAGGAAGUUUGUACUUGUGA